AUGGCGUCGAACGCAACAUUGGAAGGGAUUAUUGCCACCCUCAAUGAGCAGCAGAGAGUGGCGGUCCAGUUUGAUCAUACAAAGGCUCUACAAGUGAUAGCCGGUCCAGGGACCGGUAAGACUAAAGUAUUGACAUCAAGAGUUGCAUAUCUUUUACUUCACCAUCGAAUAAAACCGCAGGAUAUUAUAGUGACUACUUUCACCAACAAAGCUGCGAAGGAAAUGAUCGAUAGGUUAAACACAAUGUUACAAGGUAGUAGCAUACGUGUAUCAGACAUCAUGAUUGGAACAUUCCACAGUGUGUGUUUGAAGAUUCUUACGCGUUAUGGUCAUAAGAUAGGACUGCGAAAGGAUUGGAGGAUCAUAGAGGAGAGUGAGAUUGACAAAAUCAUGCAGGAAAUGAUAGAAAAGAUGCCCGAUACGAUACGGGAUCAGGCUAAUUCCAUGGCAAGGAAGGUAAACCUAUGCCUUCCGAAGAGAGGUUCAGAUGAAUGGGCAGUGCAUGCUAAACCGGUGAGGAAACACAUCUCACGAUUGAAAGCUUACGCUAUACUCCCAGAAGAAUAUAAUAAAGAUCCAAACUAUGAUCAAGCAUUAGCAUACUUUUAUGACAAAUACCAGGCGGAACUAAGCAAGGUUAAUGCCUUGGAUUUCGAUGACUUAUUAAUGUACGCUUUUCGGCUGUUGUCAAGAGAAAGGUGUCUACCUUACGUCCAACACGUACUUGUUGAUGAGUUUCAGGAUACCAACGGUAUACAGAUGGACCUUAUGUUCCUUUUCGCCAAGGCUAAUCAUCAUUUAUCGCGUGGGAUCACAGUUGUCGGAGAUCCAGAUCAAAGCAUCUAUGCCUUUAGGCAUGCCCUAGCUCUAAAUUUUGAUGCCAUGUCCAACAAAUGCCCCAUUGAAUGUUCUCGGGUUGUGCUGGUUGAAAACUACCGUUCUUCACAAAAGAUUCUAGAUACCAGUGAAACACUAAUUAAGCAACAGGUCAAAGGCCGUGCCGAUAGAUUGCCGCUUCGCGCCCAAUUUGAUUGCGAAUUUGCACCUGUGUAUAUCGAGUUUCCGGCUGCUUUUUUGGAAGGACCAUCAUUAAUAAGGGAAAUGUUAUAUUUAAAGGCUUUGCCUAAUAUGUUCACCUACAACGAUUUCGCCAUCUUGGUGAGACAAAGAAGGCAGAUCAAAAACGUCGAAACCGCUCUUAUCGAGCACGGUAUACCCUAUAAGAUCAUAAGAGGGCACGCGUUUUGGGAGUUGAAAGAAACAGUAUCGAUGUUGAAUCUCUUAAAGUGUGUUUAUUCAGAGAGCGAAAAACAUGCAAUACUUUCAGCAUUGCAAUAUCCUGCAAGAGGCUUAGGAGCCGCAUCUAUCGGAAAGAUUAAGAUUGCACUUGACACUAUCUCUGGAACGGCCUUCCAAGGUCUGCGGCAAAUCUGCGAUAAGAAGGUAGAUUUGGUCAUACCAGCAAAGGGAAGGACCGCACUCAAAGAAUUUAUCAACAUGAUUGAGUACUGUCAAAAAUUAUCUGAAGCGCCCAAUUCUACGACCCUAAGCGAUAUAUUCGAUAGGCUUUAUGAUGGCUCGGGUAUGCGACACGAAUAUUUAUACCUCGAUGGGAAAAAGAAGUCGGAGAUCGAAGGCGAUCAAGAACCUAACUUCUCGAAUCCAAGGCAUAAGAAUGUCAUGCUGCUUAAAAAUUAUUUUAUUGGGACAGACAUGGCCUCGCUCGAGACAUCUGCGGACUCCAGCCUGGCGGAGAGAUCAUCUGAAACACAGCGCCAUGGGGUUUCUAUUACGACCAAAAGCGGUAUCAACAAUCACAUUCGAAACUUCUUCCUCUCUCUCAGUUUGUUUUCUAUCGAAGCAAACGAUUCAGAACUUGAUAAGGCCAAGCGAAUCGAACAGGAAAAGGUGGGUUUCGUUACGAUAUCGACAAUACAUGGGGCAAAAGGGUUAGAAUGGCCUGUAGUUUUUAUACCAGGCUGCGAAGAGGGAAUCAUACCAUCGAUAUUUGGUGAUGACAAGGCACAAGAUGGUGGCGAAAAUGAUGACGAAGAGGAUGGAGAUGAGGAUAAAAACGACAUCAAAAGGAGAAAUGAUACGCCGGCCAGCCCAAAAUCUAAGCUUGUUAAUAUUGAUAACUCACUGGAUGAAGAAAGGAGGAUGUUUUUUGUUGCACAAACGAGAGCAAAGCAUUUGUUGUAUCAUUCUACUGCUGCUAGCGAGCGCUCAGAAGGGCCGAGUAGAUUUUUAACCGAAGAAUUGUUAAGCACCAUGGCUGACCAGCAAAAACUAUUUGACAGCGUCGCCUCCAUCAAGAACUUUUAUCUGCACAUGGGUAAGAAACCACCUGUAGAGGGGAAAUUCAAACUGAAACGUCUCGUCGAGGACUAUGCUAGAUUCAUAGAGAAUAACCGAGAAAGGUUUGUUUGGAAUGGUGAGUUUAUUGUGCAUACCUUCAAAUUCGACCUCACGAAAAAUUCAGACUCUACCUUUAGUAGCGGUUUUACUACAGCGGCGGCUCAACUUCAAAACUCUGCUGAUUCUCCAACGGUUACACAAACUGUUUUUGGCAAUAGUGCUCGAAGCAGUCGUACUUCGAGUCCGACUAGAAGUAAGUAUUCGAUAUCAAGCUCUCCGAAAAAAAUGUACGCACCUCAAUCAAAAAGUAGAGGUGAAAUGAGCUCAACUUCACCUGUCAAAGAAUUUGCCCCGGUCUCUCCAACAGGGUCGCCUACUAAAAAACGCAGCUUUGCUCCAUGUUAUAGACCGACGAGAAACGCACCAAAUGCACUUCAAUGUAACCGUAGGCUUUUUGCACCAGGUCAAGAUGUACCGAAAUUAAAGAGUGAGAUAAGCGCCUCAUCACCAUCAGAAGAGUCAUCAUUGUUAAGCCGGAAUAUAUCAAAGUUAAAGGAAAGUAACGCAACAAUAAGCGACAGAAAGUCUGAAGAUGCUAGGGUCGUAAAGAUGGAGAAUCCGGAAGAAAGAGAAGCAUUCGUAUCUACAUUCAAGAAAACAUACAACCCCCAAAGGUCAAAAAGAAGACUAGUUACUACUCCUAUCAACAUCACAGAUACUGAUACGUCGUCUCACAUCAAGGCAGAGGAUAAAACAUUUGAUUAUUCUGUUUCAAAUGAUGAUGAUGGCCUUAACACUACCGCUGCUGAACUUUUGCACAAUCCGGACGACAUGAUAAUUGAUACAAGGCCCAUUAUAUCAAAUGCCAAAACAUUAGCAGAUGCCGCAAAGAAAUCGAGCAGGUCUGAAGAAGAUAGAGAAAAGCGUAGCUCACAAAAGGUUAAGAAGGAAAACAGUUCCAGUCAGAUCGACAUCUUCUCUCAGUUAUCGAGGGCUAAAAAGAAGGCUAAAUUGAGUGAUGGAGAAAUCAUCAUUAUUGACUAG